AUGGUUUGGAACUUGUGUACCGAUUGCCGUCGCCUGAACCGAGCGGGGGAAGCCGAAGUUUUGGACGACGAGUACCAGGAAUUAAGUAAGCACGAUUAGUUUGUUUUCUGUAGUAAACUUUUGUUUUUUGCAGGAAUAAAGAUGUGUCGGAUCUGUCGCUCGCACAUAAAUCACCAAAGACGAAUAAAGUACUUCAAAUUUGAUGUUCUUGUGGAAAAGAGAAGGCUUCGCGAACCAACUCCGAGCUCUACCGUAGAGUAA